CUAUCUAGUACACUUGAACAAACAUGGCGGUCAUCUACAAGUGUAAACUAACAAAUUAUUUUUGUUAUUUUGUCGGUAAACUGGAAGAUUUAAUCUGCUACGGCAUCACAAUAUCACUAUAAGAUGGUGGAUGAGGGGGGACUUGAGGAAGAGCUUGCGUCAUUUCGGCUGCAAUGGAAAGAGGAAAUCCAGAGAAGUACUACUGACAGUGGCUCAUCAAGGAAUUCUCCAGUGUCAGAAUCAGCUUCAAGGCAAAGUCGAGAGGGAUCUCCAAGCCCACUGGUGGUGGGGCAGAAGAAAGUGGCCAGUUCAUCCCAGCCACUCCAGCAACCCCAGCAGUUAGAGGAGAAGGCAGCUAAUUUGUUCUUACAAGGAGUGUCUGCAGAAAGGAAUGGAGAUCUUUAUGAAGCUAUUUAUUUUUACCGACAAGCUGUUCAGCUUGUUCCAGAUAUUGAGUUCAGAAUCAAAGAUUUCACAAAUUUGGCAUCAGCCAGUGGAGACCAGGGUGAAGAGUCUGAUGUAUAGCAGGAACCUGAUGACUUGCCUGAAUUAGCAGAUUUGGCAAACAGAUUCCAUUCUCUCUCUGUUACUGGAUUUUGCCAGCCACUUUAUGAGACACGGGU